GAUCCCUCGGUUUAUUUAUUGAUUAAACACCCAAAGGGUCCAAACCUUAUCUUCAAUCCAACAAAUCUCCACCUCUUUCUUCUGAAACCCCAAACCCCAGUUCUUGAUCUUAACAUGGAGGCUCUAGUCCAAGAAUUCUAUGCUAACACGAAUGGUUUCAUGUUGAAUCGCCACUCAGAGGCAGCAAACCCGAGGUUAAAUGGGCAAAAAAGACGAGAUCUUGACAGUUUUCAGGAUUUUCCGGCGAGUUGCGCCGCCGGAGGAGAGGAAGAAGAAGACUACGGGGAUUACUCCGACGCGGUGUUGAAGUACAUAAACCAGAUGCUAAUGGAGGAGGAGGACUUGGAGAACCGGCCGUGUAUGCUCCAUGACUGCAUUGCUCUCCAGGCCACCGAAAAAUACUUCUCCGAUGUCCUCCAUGGCUCCGACCAUGCUGAUCUCAGUAGCUCUAACGCUUCUUCUGAUCCCAACGACUAUGGCGCCUCUUCAGAUUGUCUGUUCAGUACACCUGACAGCCAAUCUGGGUCGGUUUCGCCCGGAAGCGAUGGAGAUUUUCCGGCUCCUAAUCUCCUUCUACCUCACAGUAACACCAUCAAUCUUGAGUUAGAAGAUCGUUCACCGCCAAAGGGGAAGAGAAAUCACUACUCGAACAAGGAAGAUGAAUCAGCAGAAAAGCAGAGGAAUAAGCAGUUAGCAACGUCCACCCACGAAACAGAGCCGCCAUUAGAGAAGUUCAACGAAGUUCUCCUCUGCAACAUACAAGAACCUAGGAAGAAAUCCGACGACGAAUUCAAGGGCGGCGCGGCGCCUCGCCGCCGCAAGAAACGAGAAUCCCACAAGGAAGUGGUCGACCUGAGAGGCCUAUUAACUCAAUGCGCGCAGGCCAUAGCGAACUACGACGGCCGGGCGGUGAACGAGCUUCUAGCGAAGAUCCGACACCACUCUUCUCCACGCGGAAACGGAAUGGAGCGGCUAGCGUUUUACCUAGCCAACGCGCUCGAAGCGCGUCUCAACGGCGCCGGCACGGCGAUCUUCACCGUCCAAUUCUCCAACAACAUCUCGGCCGCGAAUAUCCUCAAAGCUUAUCAUAUGUACAUUAAAGCCAGCCCUUUCAAGAAGAUCUCAAAUAUUUACGCCAAUCAUUACAUCAUGAAAAUGGCGGUCGGGAAACACGCCCUGCACGUGAUUGAUUUCGGAGUUCUCUACGGUUUCCAAUGGCCGUGUAUGAUCCAAAGCCUCGCCAACCGCCCCGGCGGGCCCCCCAAGCUCCGGAUCACCGGAAUCGAUCUCCCCCAGCCGGGGUUCAAGCCGGCCGAGCGCGUGGAGGCCACGGGAGCUCGGUUAAAGAAAUUCUGCGAGCAAUUUAACGUCCCCUUCGAGUUCAAAGCCAUAGCAAAGAGAUGGGAAACCAUAACCCUCGAAGAUCUGGAGAUCGAGAGGGACGAAAUUCUCGCCGUGAACUGCCUUUACCGUCUGGAGAACGUGCCGGACGAGACGGUGGUCCCCGACAGCCCGCGCGACACCGUCCUAGGAUUAAUCCACAAAAUCCGCCCCGACAUCUUCAUCCACGGCGUCGGAAACGGCGCGUACAACUCGCCAUUCUUCACCACGCGCUUCCGCGAGGCCGUCUUCCACUUCUCCACGUUGUUCGACAUGUUCGAGGCCACGGUGGCGCCGGAAGACGAGGACCGGCGGCUGUUCGAGGAGACGGUGCUGGGGAGGAACGCGCUGAACGUCAUCGCUUGCGAGGGGACGGCGAGAGUGGAGCGGCCGGAGACGUACAAGCAGUGGAAAGGGAGAAACAAGAGGGCCGGAUUCCGGCAAGUGCCGCUAGAUCAAGAACUGGUGAAGUUAGUGAAGGAUAAGGCGAGAUCGGAUUACCAUAAGGAUUUCUCGGUGGACGGCGACGGGAAGUGGUUGUUGCAGGGAUGGAAAGGGCGCGUGGUUUAUGCUCUCUCUUGCUGGAAACCUGCCAUGGAGUGAUUUUUUUUAAUUUUUUUUAAUAUAUUUCUAGUAUAAUGUAAAUAUAAAUAUUAUCAAUUUAGCUAAUUUAUCUAUAUUCUAAAUUGCCAUCAUUGAAAUAUAAUAAUUAAUUUUCUUAUGA